CUUCUCCUCCCUUUUUCCCCUCUGAAAACCAAGGAAGGAGAGGUCCGAGGGCUCUGGGCUCAGCUCCCCAACGAUGUCCUCUCAAGCCAAGUUCAAGAAAGACAAAGAGAUCAUCGCGGAGUAUGAAACUCAAGUCAAAGAAAUUCGUACACAGUUGGUGGAACAGUUCAAAUGCUUAGAACAACAAUCUGAAUCCCGGUUGCAGCUCCUUCAAGACCUUCAGGAGUUUUUCCGCAGAAAGGCUGAGAUUGAACUGGAAUACUCCAGGAACCUGGAAAAACUGGCAGAAAGAUUUUCUUCCAAGAUUCGCAGCUCUAGGGAACAUCAUCAGUUCAAGAAAGAUCAGCACUUGCUUUCACCUGUGAACUGCUGGUAUCUGGUACUGACACAGACGCGGAGAGAGAGCAGAGACCAUGCAACCUUGAAUGACAUCUUCAUGAACAAUGUCAUUGUCAGACUUUCCCAGAUCAGUGAGGAUGUCAUCCGACUAUUUAAAAAGAGUAAGGAAAUUGGUCUUCAGAUGCAUGAAGAGCUCCUGAAGGUUACCAAUGAACUCUAUACUGUGAUGAAAACAUAUCACAUGUAUCACGCUGAGAGCAUCAGUGCUGAAAGUAAACUGAAGGAAGCGGAAAAGCAAGAGGAGAAGCAAUUCAAUAAAGGAGGGGACAUUAGUGUGAACCUCCUGCGACAUGAAGAUAGACCACAGCGCCGCAGCUCUGUCAAAAAGAUUGAGAAGAUGAAGGAAAAGAGGCAAGCGAAAUAUUCUGAAAAUAAGCUGAAGUGCACUAAAGCUAGGAAUGAUUACCUGCUAAAUCUAGCAGCUGCAAAUGCAGCAGUCAGUAAAUACUACAUCCAUGAUGUCUCAGACCUGAUUGACUGCUGUGACCUGGGAUUCCAUGCCAGCCUGGCACGGACAUUCAGAACAUACCUUUCUGCUGAAUACAAUCUAGAAACCUCACGCCAUGAGGGACUGGAUAUCAUUGAGAAUGCUGUGGACAACUUGGAUGCACGAAGUGACAAACACACAGUCAUGGAUAUGUGUAACCAGGUCUUCUGUCCUCCACUGAAGUUUGAAUACCAGCCUCAUAUGGGGGAUGAGGUAUGCCAAGUGAGUGCCCAGCAACCAGUUCAGACAGAGUUGCUCAUGAGAUACCACCAGCUGCAGUCUAGACUUACUACGCUCAAAAUAGAGAAUGAAGAGGUGCGAAAAACAUUGGAUGCCACUAUGCAGACAUUGCAAGACAUGCUGACGGUGGAAGAUUUUGAUGUCUCGGAUGCCUUCCAGCAUAGUCGCUCCACUGAGUCAGUCAAAUCAGCUGCUUCGGAGACUUACAUGAGUAAAAUCAACAUUGCCAAGAGGAGAGCCAACCAACAAGAAACUGAAAUGUUCUAUUUUACUAAAUUUAAGGAAUAUCUGAAUGGCAGUAAUCUUAUUACCAAGCUACAGGCUAAACAUGAUUUAUUGAAGCAGACUCUAGGAGAAGGCGAAAGAGCUGAAUGUGGGACCACCAGGCCCCCCUGUCUUCCCCCUAAACCACAGAAAAUGAGGAGACCUAGGCCUCUCUCAGUCUAUAAUCAUAAACUCUUUAACGGCAAUAUGGAAACAUUCAUUAAGGAUUCAGGACAAGCUAUUCCACUUGUGGUUGAAAGCUGUAUUCGAUACAUCAAUUUAUAUGGUCUACAGCAGCAGGGUAUUUUUAGAGUUCCCGGAUCUCAGGUUGAAGUCAAUGAUAUCAAGAACUCAUUUGAGAGAGGUGAAGAUCCUCUUGCUGAUGAUCAGAAUGAACGUGACAUCAAUUCUGUUGCUGGGGUCUUAAAACUGUAUUUCCGGGGACUGGAAAAUCCACUCUUUCCUAAGGAAAGGUUUCAAGACUUGAUCUCUACUAUAAAAAUUGAAAAUGUUGCAGAAAGAGUUCAUCAAAUCCAGCAAAUUGUUAUUACUUUGCCACGAGCCGUCAUCAUUGUCAUGCGAUAUCUCUUUGCUUUCCUCAACCACUUGUCGCAGUACAGUGAUGAGAACAUGAUGGAUCCCUACAACUUGGCCAUCUGCUUUGGACCAACCCUGAUGCAUAUUCCAGAUGGGCAGGAUCCAGUGUCCUGCCAGGCCCAUGUCAAUGAAGUCAUCAAAACCAUCAUAAUCAAUCAUGAGGCCAUCUUCCCCAGUCUCAGGGAACUUGAAGGACCUGUUUACGAAAAAUGCAUGACUGGUGGGGAAGAGUACUGUGACAGUCCCCACAGUGAACCAGGUACGAUUGAUGAAGCAGACCAUGACAAUGGCACGGAGCCGCACACCAGUGAUGAUGAGGUGGAACAGAUUGAAGCUAUUGCCAAGUUUGACUACAUUGGCCGGUCCCCACGUGAGUUGUCCUUCAAGAAAGGAGCCUCUCUCCUCUUGUACCAUCGGGCAUCGGAAGACUGGUGGGAAGGCCGACAUAAUGGUGUGGAUGGGCUCAUACCGCAUCAGUACAUUGUAGUACAAGACAUGGAUGAUGCAUUCUCUGACAGCCUGAGCCAGAAGGCAGACAGUGAGGCAAGCAGUGGACCACUACUGGACGAUAAAGCCUCAUCAAAGAAUGACAUCCAGUCUCCGACUGACCAUAUUCCAGACUAUGGAUUCGGGGGAGUGAUGGGACGGCAAGGAAGUCCAACUUCACAAGCUACAGGAAAUGUGGUGAGAUUGAGAUCAGAUGGAGCUGCGAUCCCUCGCCGCCGGAGUGGAGGUGAUACCCACAGCCCCCCAAGAGGGAUGGGGCCUGGAAUAGACACCCCCCCACGAGCCGCAGCUUGCCCCAGCAGCCCCCACAUAUUACCUCUGAACAGGGGCAGGAUGGAGAGCCCAGAGAAGCGCAGGAUGGCAACUUUUGGGAGUGCUGGCAGUAUCAACUAUCCAGAUAGGAAGGCACUGACGGAUGGACAUCCGCUGAGGCCAACCAGUAGUUCAACCCGGCACAGUAGUCUUGGAGAUCAGAAAUCACUAGAGGCUGAAGCCCUGGCUGAGGACAUAGAAAAGACAAUGAGCACAGCACUGAAUGAACUGCGUGAACUUGAGAGGCAAAAUACUGUGAAACAAGCCCCGGAUGUGGUCCUAGACACCCUUGAACCCAUGAAGAACCCACAGAUAGGUUCUGUCAACUCUGAACCAGCCAGUCCCCUUCACACCAUCAUGAUCCGAGAUCCGGAUGCUGCCAUGCGACGGAGCAGCAGCUCAACCACUGAAAUGAUGACCACUUUCAAGCCGGCCCUCUCAGCCCGGCUUGCUGGCGCUCAACUUAGGCCUCCGCCCAUGAGACCCAUUCGCCCAGUCGUCCAGCAUCGAUCAAGUAGCAGUAGCAGCUCAGGAAUGGGCAGUCCUGCAGUGACGCCCACAGAAAAGAUCUUCCCAAACAGCUCCUCUGAUAAAUCUGGCACUAUGUAGCAAUGACGUUAGCAUCAUGCAGAAGUCUUUGUUAAGCAAAUGGGUAGCCAUCCCAAUUUUUGUUUAUUUCAGAUUGGAAACUAUGAUUGUACAAAAGACAACAUUAACUGAAGAAAAAGACAGGGAAAAUGACUCUUGUAGCGACUGUAGGUGUGGCUUAAGUAUUUCAUGAUAUUGAACACCCAUUCUCUUCAAGAGUGCUGGAAUUAUUUGGUACAACCAAAUAAGAUGGUCAUUUUAUGUAUUACCACUGGAACAUUAAAGUCUGUGUAGAAGUAUAUGUAUAUAUAAAACUGUACAUAGUUCAGUAACAUUUUAGUAGAUUUACCUCAAAAACUCACCCCUAGAUUUAUUCUAGAGAGCGUUUUUGUGUGUGUGUGUGAGUGAAUUACACAGCAACCAUGCAGAAAGCAAUAGUCAAUUGGUCAGUUCUUGAAUUGAAUUUUCACACCAGUUUGACUUGACUUUAGCGUGGCAAAAAAAGAGCACACCAGUUAGCUGUCCUGCAGGUACCGAAGUAUAUCUGAUGUAUAUCUGACGUCUAUCCUGCAAGAUGGAUGGAUCUUCAUCUUCAAACUCAUCUCUUAAAGACUGCUUCAUUGAAACAUGGUAGCUUGUGGUCAUUUCCCGAUUGGAAGAGUACACCACUUGCGGACAUAAAGAAUGAAAAGUAGUACACCUCCCUCUUGUGCAAAGGAGAAACCUAGGAUUUUCUGUACGUACUUCAUGUUGUAGCACAGUGUUAUGUAUGUACAAAUGAAACUCACCUCCUACUGUUCUCAAAACAGAAGAGGACUCUGAAGUAACCUGUGGUCAAUAAUAAUAAUAAUAAUAAUAAUAAUAAUAAUAAUAAUAAUAAUAAUAAUAAUAAAUAAAUAGGCUAACUUAUAUAGUGUUUGAAAUAUUUUAUUCCCACCCUCUCUCAUUGCUAAAGAUUCCUGGGGGGAGGGGAAAUCUGGAUUAAAACAGGCAAGGAGGCUUUUGGUACAAUGCCAUUUGCUUUCCCGUGACUCCACAGUCCACAAGGGUCUUGACUCGGCUUCUGUCCCCUUGCAUGAAUAGCAUGAGCCAUAUAUCUCCGUCGGACAUAUAACUGAUCUGACAGAGUAACAAUUUGCACUUUCUGUACUGUACUAUGUAACCAAUAUACAGCCGUCUUGAUUUAUGAAAUAAAGUUAUAUUUCCUUCUCCCUAAAAUCUAAUCUAGGCAAAUAAAUACAUAAAUAAAAAGGGAGAACUGGGGUUUGCAUGAUAGCUAAGCCUUUUCUCUACUUGCUCAACUCAAAAUUCUUCUUGCUGCUAUUUUUAAGAACAUUUUUUUGUCUGUUUGUGGACAGAAGUUUGCAACAUCCACCCUUUCACCGGGCUGGCAUUUGUUUUACUUUAAUUAUCACUGCACAUUUAUUUUUACAUGGAUUGCCUUUUGAGUCAGCUCAUUCAAACUUAGUUAAAUCUGCACUUUCUCUUUCUUUCUAGGUAUCUCUCAAUAUCAUUUUGCUGAGGCUAUUAAUUCCCCCCUUCCUUAUUAGAGGCUGGUUUUAAUGACAUCUGCCAUUCUUUAGCACUAUAUGAUAUAUAUGAAUGACCUUGAACAUGGCUCUCUCUGUUCUUAAUUCAUGACAUAUGGUCAGCAAAAAAAGAAGAAUCAGCUACUGGCCAGUUUGUCUUGUUAAAGCAGAAAAGGAGCUGUCAAGCCAUUUCAUAAUUUAUUAUUUUUUAAAUCUUUCUUUGUUUGACAAAUACAUUUCAACUCCACCUGUGUGCAUAAAUUGCAGUAAAUGGCAACUCUUUUUUUAUCAUGAAAUGAACACGCACAAUAAUUUGUGGUGUUCUUCCUAUACCUCAUCUACAAGCAUGCCUCAUUUCACAUACUUGGUUCUCCUAAUUUCUCCUUGCCUGUUCUAGCCUGUUUAUAUAUAGCUGUUCCCGUUUAAAUGCUAACAUGUAACCUAUUUUUUUUAAGAUGCAAUUUUUGUUGAGACCCAAUGACGCCAAAUCUUUGCACUUACUAUGUAAAUCCCGUGUAACAGAAAUACAUCCCUAAACAUGAAAACAACCCCCCCAACUCCCCAAUCGACUCUGGCCUUCCCAUGUAUAGCGUGAAGGAUAAGUAAUGUAUGUAGUUAUUCUAUUCUUGUUCUUCAAUAUAACAUUGCAAAGAGAAAUGGUGUUUACCUACCUGUCGCUAAUGUCGUAGGCAUUUGUAAUUGCCACAACUAGUUAACAGUGGUGCAUUUUCAUCAAUGAAAUUAUUUUCCUCUCCCUCACCCUCUGCUGCCCUCCUCUCCCCCAUACUAACUUUAGAUCAACCAAAAGGUCAUUAUCGCAACAGAUGUUCAGUGUGUUGUUGUAAUGAACCAGCAAAGAUAGUUUUCGGCAUGGAGGAGGGCAGGGAGAGAAAGCCAUUUGGCAGACUGCUGUUAUCUUCCUUGCCAGUAACGGUUUCCCCAUUUUUAGAUCUUGGAGGAUGGUUUCUUUGACUGUGUGUGUGAGUGUAUGUGAGUUCUGAACAUACUUUUGAAAAUGACUUGAGAACAAAACCAUGAUGUCAUUUGAGGAUUCACAUUUUUUUUUCCUGAAAGAUACAAUACAAUUCCAAUGCCGUUUUAAAUUAAAUUAUUUUUAUUUCUAUUUUUUCAUUUGUUGUUACUGGGUUGUGUUUGGUUUUUAUUAUAAAAAUAUCUUUAAGUGCCUUUUGAGCACCGGAACAAAUGUUUGGAUUAAAUGUGCUUUGGAGCUGGACGUAUAUCAAGAUAUCUCUUGUACAGUUUGUGUUCUGCUAUGGGUGUGUCGCUUUGAAGUCCUUUCCCCUUUUUGCCAUGUGAGCAAGAAAUGUAUGCAGGUUGGAAGGAGUACAUGUCCUGCCCACUUAAUAUACACUUGUGAACUUGCCAGUGGCUGCUAUAAAUUGCAGAAGAUUUUCUCCUACAAUUUUGGUCGUACUAAAUCAAAAUACUUGCUUCAUAUGUUAUAGAAUCAUCAAAUAUUCACCUUGGGUAGCAUUUCUAACAACUCGACUUGUCUAGACUUGGGGUACAGACUGUUGAUUUGCAAAAGUUCAUUUACUAAGAAGAAUUCCUUGUACAUUCAUCUUAUUCUUAUGCAUAACGGCACCUGGUUUGGAUAAUUUCAAAUGCAUAAGAGCAGCAAAUGCAAACAAGAUGGCAAAUAUGUACAUCCAUGCAUUUACUCUCUUGGCCACUGUGCCAAUAUUGUUUUGUUUAUCUUGAUUCUAAUCAGUAAUAGAACUUGCUUGUGUUUGGAUGAUCUGAAACCACUCCCAGGAUGUAUAUAGUAUCCUUAAAUGCAAUGCCAUAGUGGAAGAGAGUGAUGCAUUGUAGUAUUUGUAAUAUUGAAAUUAAUUUUAGAAAAUACCAGGCAUAGCCUUAAAAAUGUUUUUAAAUUGGCAUAUUUAAUAAAUAAAAUGGGGACUGUCCCCUUUUCGUCAUUGGUCUGUGACUAAAGCCUAAUGCUUCUGUAGUAUUUGGUAUAUGCUAAGGGUCGGAAGGAGGACCAGUUUGGUGUAGUGGUUUAGUAUUGGACUAUGACUCUGAAUCCCCAUUCAGCCAUGGAAGCUCACUUGGCCAAGUCAUAUUAUCUCAGCCUUCAUAGUUAGGUCAAGGCCAACCACCUCUGAUUCCUGCAAAGAAAACCAAAUAAUAGGGUCACCAUAAGUCAGAAAUGACUAGAAGGCAUACUAUAAGAAGGGAUGGCAGGAGUAUGACUCUCAGAACUGUUUUUGAGAUCCUAAAAUCUGUGCCAGAAUUAAAUAAUUGUGGGGAAAGUCUUUUUGUUUACAAAAAAGCCCCCUACAUAUCUCAGAUGUGGAAAGUUGUGCUAUGCCUUGGCUUUCUUAAGUCCUUUUUUCCAAACAGGAAGUAAAAAGGAUUUAUGAAUUAUAAAUUAAGAAUAGGUUUCUACAGCUCCUUGAGUGUGCAAGGCGGGUUGUGACUCUCCCAGCCCCAUGCACUCCCCCAGCUUUUCACAGCUGCCAAUCCUUAAUGUAUGCCAAAAGAUGUGGGAAUUUUCCCCCCAGGAUGAAGCAAUAGAAAUUUCACAGAACUGGCCUCUGACCAUCAACAGAAUAUUGUUACUCAGUCAAAGCUACUUUAGCUAACACUCAGAGAGAUGCCUGACAGUCGUUGUAGUCUCUUCCCUGACCCUGUAAUUUGAUGGAUGUAUUCCUUUUGUUCAACUUUGUGUGUAAUGGUGCCGAUUUCAAAGCAGUGGCACCCACCCUUAUAUUAUUGCUGUACAGAAACCAUCAUAAGCAAACUGAAUAAAUGUUUAAGACCCUUUAAUGAUAUAAGGACCAUGCACUUUUUCUCUCUUAGACUAAACAAAACCUAAUAGUGGGUUGUUUGUUUUUUAAAAAAAAUAAUAAUUCUGGACUAUAUGAUUCCUAGCAGUGCUGCAGUUUUUCACAGGAUGGCAGUAGGCCUUCUGAACCCAAUUUGCUUCUGAGUGGCUGCUUUUUUUUUGCCAGAAAACUUUAGAAAACUGCUGGUUGGCUGCCCUGUAUCAUGAUUGUUGUCCUUCUUAUGGAUAUUGUCUCUGUAACGUAUGAUAAAAUGCCAUUCAGCUAGAGUGUCUGAUUGGAUCCUAUGUUAUGUAUGCUGAUGAUGCCAUGUAGAUCAAACCAGUGGAUGGGUGUGGACUUAUCCUGUUGAAUAAACAGUUUACCUUUUCUCAGAA